AUGUGGUUUAAAAAUAUCUACUCGAAAGAGGAAGGAAGGGAGAAGAACUUUGCCGGUCAGGAAGAUGCCAUCGACUAUGAUGAAGAGGAGCAACAGAGGAGGGACGGUAUGGAAGACGCUCCGCAGGAAGACAAUGCCGCAGAGAGCACGCAACAAAGGGAAGACCCCUCCGAUGAGGAGGAGGAGGAGGAGUGCCCCCUGGACGAUACCCAAGUGAACGAACAAAUUGAAAACAUCCUAAAUAACAUGACGUCCGAUGAGGAGGAAGAAGGAGAAGUGGUAGAGGACGAAAUACCAUACGAUCGAAUUGAAACAAAAAACGAGCUAAACAAAGAAGUGAUUCUUCUGAACUUUUAUGCAGACAUGUCCAGUCAGAGGUUAACCUCCCUCAUGAGUGUCUUUGGGAAAGUGAAAAACUCUUUCAUAGACGACAAUGAGGGGGUCCACGUAAUCUUCAAUUCGGUUAGGAGCUCCAAAAGGGCGAAGGAAUUUCUCGAUAAUUUAAAGGUUAAGAAUAGGAGAAUACAAGUCAUUUACGGGACGUAUGAGGAAAGGAGAGACGAUCCCCGCAUUGGUGGUGCAUCUGCAGGGGGGGAGUAUACCGUUGGUAUCCUCGGGGAUGACGCUCCUAACGCAGGCGAAGUGAGGGGAACUCCCAACGGUGCUUACACCACUUCGCAUGGUAACAGAUUAACCAACUAUAAAAACGGAAAGACACCCGUAAAGCUAUAUAAAAAUAGGAAAUAUUACCUGAACACGGUUCCCACACAUGAGCAAAACAGAGUGGGUAAUAAUUUUCCAUACAACAGUCAAGUCAAAGGGAUGGUGCCACAUGUGAAGACCAACACGUUCUUUGUCCCACCGUCCUCCAGUGGAAAUAUGGUGAACGAAUUUAUUCCUCCGUCUGAACUGCCCUUCAAUCAACAGGAGAAGGCACCCAUGAACAAUCACAUGCACAACCACCAUCCGGAUCAGACCACCCUGCACGACAUGCCUACCUUCAAUAACGUUUCUAAUUAUGUGCAGCACCCCCCUCCUCCUCCUCCCCCAACGUCACGAACUCUGUAUAACCAGUCGUUUACGGAAUCGGGCAGGGGUAGCCAUAUUGAACCCUACCCUCAUUAUAACCACCCCAACAACCCACCAGGUAACAACCUCAGCAACCACCCCAACAACCACCUAGGGAGUAUUGGCACUUUAAAUAGAAUGCUAAAUAGGAGCGUGCUACCCCCCCACGUGACGAUAAAAAAAAUAACUGAUCAUUUUCCCAACACAUUCCAUUCAGGCAUGUAUAAAAAGAACAGCUUUGAAGCCCCCCCUGGAAAUCCACCCUAUGUAUCCUACUCCAAUCAACCUCCGACCUCUAGUAGGAACCUACACAUGAAGGGAGUGCCUCCCCCCCCUCACGGUGAAACGGGCAUGACAAAUCCGAUUGGAGGAAACCACCCCCCUGUUUCGAUCAUCCCCCAUUCCAGGGACUUACCGACCGCUUCCACAGGACCUCUCUAUAACAACAGCUUCCAUAAAUACCAUCCUAGUAACGAUCAGUACCAUGGUGGGAACAUGUCCUACGGGAACCUCACCAACAGUGAGGAUUACCCUACUGGUCAUGGGCUCUACAACAACCAUGAGGAGUACGGCCCUCACUCAGCCCACACAAUGAAACCACCGAAAAUUACAAAAUACGGCAGAACAGUUAAGCAUAGUAGAUACCAGCACCCGCUACUGGCACCCGAAAGGGAAUCAUUCCAGAAUGAGGAGCCAAUCGAAUACACCCCAUUUAAUGAGGACAACCCGUUCGGGAUCAGUGAAGAAAAUAAAAUGGUAGACAAUCCUACCUGGAAUGAUAGGAAGACAAAACAGGUUCUAGAAUGGGAUCAAGAUGCAUCUGUGGAAAAGAAUCACCUCGAUUUUGUAGACUCCUUUGGGUCAGCCAAAAUAUUUAACCGAUACUUGCUCGUAACGGACAUUCCAGACCACCUGGAUAAUGAGAACAAACUGAAGGAAUACAUUAGUGGGUUAUUUGAGAACGAGAAAAUGCGUCACUUCUCUGUGGAGGUCUCCCUCUUUGUUUCCGUCGAGGUGGACGAGGAGAGGCUCUUUAAGAAUGCCACCAAGGGGGAGCAUGACGAUGCGCCGAUCAAGGGGGAGGAAGAAGAUGCGCCCGUCAAGGUGGAGGAAGAAGAUGCUCCCGUCAAGGUGGAAGAAGCAACCAAGAAAGAGGAGGAAGCACCAAACGGGGAAGGUGCACUCAAUGGGGAAGAUGCAACGAAGGAGGAAGCGGAGGAGAAACCCAAGGGGGCCAAGCGUAGGGGUGCGAAGAAGGCGGCUGCACCCAAGCAGAGGAAGAGGCGAGGGAAGGCCAAGGAGGAGGUAGAUCAAGCGGAUCAAACGGAGCAAAUAGAACAAGUGCAGCAAGUGGAACAGGCAGAUAAAACGGAUCAAACGGAGCAGGUGGAUCAAGUGGAUAAAACGGACCAGGCGGAGAACCCUCCCCCCGGGAAGAGAUAUGCUCACCUGACCUUCCGAACCAUUAAGAGCUGCGUGGAGGUGAAAAAAGCGCUGGAGAAAAAUAAUUUUAAAGUGACCUUCUCUGCCCCGAGCAAAGCCAACGUCUGUCUCUGGGUAGGAAACCUUUUAAGAAGUUAUUUUGUCCAAACAGCGAAUGUACUAAAAAGCAUGUUCAUGCAUUUUGGUCCAUUGAAAAACGUAAAAUAUGUGUCUGACAAAAGUUGUCUCUUCCUCCAGUACUGCAAUGUGUCUGACGCUAUUAAGGCGAGGAACCACCUGUAUGGAUUGCAGGUUUCAAAUAAUAGCAUGCUUAACAUAGACUUUUCUGCUUUUGGCGAAUGGGAAGGAAAACAACACAAGGUCAGUUUUACUAGGAAAAGGUUGUUAGAUGCACUUGCCUACGAUAAUGGGAAGGUUAAAGAGAGGUUAGAGUCUACCCUGAAGAAGAGGAACACUGGGUUUAUCGACUCAAAGGUUAUGCAUCUCCUAAAGAAGGAAGGUCAUCAUGGAAGUUAUACCGGAGGAGGGGGGAUGCGCCUUAAAAGACAUGCCACGGAUAAGUGGGAUGACUACAAUGUAAAGAGAAGACCACACAUGGAUGGAAAACGUUCACCUAGCACAUCCUUGCAUAGGAGGAAAUAUAGAUCUUAUCACGUUGACUCUUAUCCUAAUGGUAACUCUGCCAGUGAGAGAACACGUGGUCCGGGCGACCAUUCAAGAUACGAUAAGAGAGAAUCGAGACGGUCUUCCAAAAGGAAGGGAAUGACCACGCCAGAUUACUCUCACCAUGAUGAUCACCACCAUGACGAGUACCACCAUGACCACCACGACGAUCACCACCGUCAUUACCACCAUAGACGGCACAAGAGGAGAAGAAGCCGAAAUGGAACAAGUGCGGACCGUGGGGAUGCCGCUGGGUACAACUCUCCAGGGGAAGGAGGAGGUUCAGCAAGUGACCUCACCAAGGGUGCCACCAUUCGAGACCAUGCACAAGACAACACAGACAGUGACUUCAACAGCUUGGAUGACAUAGAACUGAACGAUUACAACGAUAUUCAAAAAACCGUUUCCUUCUACGUUAACCAGAAGUACAAGUGUGACUUCAUCUCCAACUUUUACGACGGGAAUCCGGAGCUGAAAAUCUACCCCAAGCUGAACGUCGAAACGAAGAGUGACGUGCAGAAUCUCAUGAACAUUCGGAACUCCUGCACCGAUUACUCCGUCUGGCAGUUGGGACCAACCGUCAAACAGAAGAAAAAGUUCCUGCACAUCUGCGAACACUUUAGCAAAAAGAAAAACAUCCCCGUCAUCAUCGACAAGAACUUUACCAUAUUUAUUGUCCCCAUGAAGGAGGACUACCUGAAGGACCUGGGGAUCGACAACCCGGACUUCAUGUAUGCCUUUGUCCUCCAAACGAAGAAAGCCUAG